UCUCCUGCUCGUAUUCAACCUUCUCUCUCUCUCUCUAAAAGACUAUUUUCCUCUCAAGACACCAUUAAACCACCUCCAACACCACCCUCCUCUCCAUACAAUGAGAAAGAGAAACAUAAAAACAAAAGGUGGUAGAUGCAUGAGCCACAAACUUAAUACAUAAUCUCUUCUUUCUCUCUCUAUCUCCUCUCUUUUUUACUCACUCACCACCUUUCCUUCCUAAAAUCCUAAAUCCCUUUGCACUUUGCUACGGAUUUUCUUACCAACCACCUUUGCGAUUCCCCUCAGAUUCCACGCUCCCUCAGCCGCCGCCUACCCUGCCUCUUCUGGUACAAACAAUGCCUGCUUCUUUCUCUUUCUAGUGGCUUUGUUCCUGUUCUUCCAUUUGGGUAGUCCGUUCUUGACUUGUCUGCUGGGUCUUUGGUCGUGAGCAUUCUGCGUUGACGGGAGCUAUGUGAUACGUGAAAGAAGUUGAAAAGCAGGCCAUUGUACAUUAAUUAGAAGUUUGAGUCAAAAUAUGGUGAGCUUACGAAGGCGCAAGCUUUUGGGGCUAUGCUCUGGGAGAAGUUCCUUCGUAGCUCCACUUCCUAGGGUUUUCAAUGGAGCUGCUCCUGCAAAUCCUACCCAGACUAACAAUCCUGUCAGAGUGCAUCCAGUACCUUCAGAUGAUGUCAACCAGCCGGUGGGGAAUAAAGUACGACCUGGAUCAUCAAAUGAAACUGGUUCAAGCUCAUCCAAAGAGCAGCCCAUUCAACCAGUUGCAGGGCCACCAAUAAAACGCAGAAAGCGACACAGGAGAAAGCUUUUUCAAAACCAAGAACCAUGUCUGAUGAGAGGUGUCUAUUACAAAAAUAUGAAAUGGCAGGCAGCAAUUAAAGUUGAUAAGAAACAAAUUCACCUUGGAACUGUUGGUUCACAAGAAGAGGCUGCCCGUUUGUAUGACAGGGCUGCAUUCAUGUGUGGGAGGGAACCCAACUUCGAGCUUUCUCAGGAGGAGAAGAAGGAACUUAGGAAAUUCAAGUGGGAAGAAUUCUUGGCAAUAACUCGUCAUGCAAUUACUAGUAAAAAACAUAAGCGAAGGCUUGGGACGGGGUCGCAGAGGAGGUCCGAGUCUCCAAUGAAUAACAGUGAAUGGGAUGGCAAGAAAGAAGCCAAUGACCUUUCAGCUUCAGAAGAUGUGGAGCCAGACACAUCAGUCUCUUGAAAAUUAGGAACAAGGCUGAAAUAAUAUUCCAGUUCUAACGGUGAAGUUGUAGCCAAUAGGGCUCCAUUUUUGGUUUACAAAUACGAGGGUAAUGAUGGUAGAUUUCAUUGUCUCCUCAGAAGAAAUUCCUUAUGACUUCUGCACUAUAAAUAGUUACAUACUUGAUGUAGAUUAGUUAUAAAUUUCCAUUAUAUUUAA